UCUCGGGUUGUCAUCACAUUUCCUGUAAGUGAAGCAAGGCUCAACAUUUCCUCAGAGAAACCUUCCAAGACUUUAGUUCCUUCUUUUAUUCGAGGUACGUCUCAACAGAGAAACGACGGCAAAGUAUCAAAGGUUUUUUUCUUUGAUACAUCCAUUUUUAAACGACAUACCGAACAAGAGGCCGUCUGGUUCAAGUCAACGAAUCAUUUCCGUUGUUUUGGCAACAAAGAGUCAACAAACCAGCCGAGGACGAGGGGAAAUGAGGACCAUGAUGACCAUGGAUGUCUUAAGGUUUAUCUUUGUAUUGCUGUUGUCACUGACGGCGAGCAGGCCCUCCAGCCAGAAUCCUAACGCCACCGAUGUGAUGAUUCACAACCAGUCAACCAAAGAGGAGGCAUCCAACUCAAAUCCACCUUCAGUGAUUUUAGGUCUCAUCACACAGGCUACCAUGAUUAAUGAAACGACUACAAAACCCAGUGAUACACCUUUACUGCAAACAACUCCAACCACACCUCUUUCACCAAACACUCCAACAACAGCAACCCAUUCCCAAUCAUUUCAGCCCGAAAGCUCCACAAUGGGCAUGGAGUCCACGACGUCAGCAACAACAGCAGUGACCAGUGAAGCCAGCAACCCAACCAUGACCACAAGGGUACCUCCAACGCUUAGUGACACAGGAAAUACGACAACCUCCAAAUUCACCAGGGAGAAAACCACCGAAUCAUCUUCACCCCCCGCACAGUCUACAAAUCUUAUUUCUACAACCGUAUCCAAUGAGUAUCAAAGCACAGUCCCUGGUGCUACAGAGUCUACAGUUGUGUUCAAAACUUCAAAAGCAACAACAAAGACCCCAUUCAUCCACACAAAGACAAAGACAAGACAAGACCCCCCCAUAAAGCAAUCAGACAACAGUAAAGCUGUUGCAGGGAUAAUUGGCGGGGCGCUGGUACUGAUGAUGGUAGGAUUCCUGGUCAUCUACAUUAAGAAACGGAAGCUUCAGAGGCAUCAGAUAACAACCAAAGACUGGGCCGGACCAUCACCAUUUCUAGAGGGGGGAGCUGACAAUGGUCAGGUGACACAGAGGUCAUCCAACCGGAUUUCUCUGUCCAGCUUCCUGCCUCAGAGGUUGUCCAAAAGGUUGUCCUUGCUCCCAGAAACAGAUGAGGAGAUGGAGGACAUGGUGCCGGGCUCAACGUUUGGAAACAAGAAUGAAGGGAGUACCUUUGGUCGAGAGGUGAAUGGAAAUGAUAAAGAAACUAACGGGAUGGCUGGAGGUGACGAAGAGACUACUCAAGACACUGUUGAAAACUCAGAGUCCUCUUCACAAACCCAAGACCCACUGACCACAAACGACAAUUCAGGAGAUGCCAAAGUCAGUCAAGACCCUCCUGCAAGUCCAACUGCUCUAUCUGGUGCUGGGGAAAAUCUUCCAGAACCCCCCCCCGAAUAAUGGGCAACCUUCACUGAACUGAAUCCCCAACCCCCACAAUUAAUCAAUUUCACUGUUUUCAAGAAGCAACAACUGUGACAGAUAACACAGGAAGAUGAGUCACUUCAAGAAGUGAUGUUUAUCUUGGCUUUCACUGCAGUAAAUAAACCUGUAUAUGUACUGUUCUGGUGCCCCACGUCUUACUCUGCACACGUGAGUCUCUCUGAAACUCGGUAAUGCGGCGUGUCCAGCUAUUUUUAUAUAGCUAGUACUCUCUCUCUCUCUCUCUCUCUCUCUCUAUAUAUAUAUAUAGCUAGAGUUACACUUAGAAACAACAUCACAGACUGUUGGUGCACACACUUCCUCUGUUGUACUAGAAGUGUAGGCACCGCCAUUAUUGAACAAAAACCACUGGCAUUGGACUGUCAGCCACCCCCCCCAUCUUCCUCAGACUCAGCACUUUGUUAGCUUCCAGCUGACAGAAAUGGAAGACUUGUAUGUGUCUUUGGAAGACAGUGAAACACACUUUAACAGAGUGAUUGUUUCCAUGAUGGAUUCACUCUGGAUUGCUGGUCUAAAUAUCUGGAACAACCUGAAGUAAAUCAGCUGUAACAAACAUGUAAAAAGUUAGAUUAAAUAUUGUGAAAAUGUU